AAUUCUUAAACAAUACAAUAUAAAAAUUCCACUAUAAUAAACUAUUGAUAAUAAUAAUAUUAAUACUAAUAAUAUUAAUAAUACUAUUACUAUUAAUAAUAAUACUCAUUCAAACUCUUUGUACUUCUUGAUAUUAAUGGUGGUGCUUUUAAGAAAUAUAUUUAGCUGAAUUUUGCUCUUUGCAAAACUAACUAGCUGCUUAAAAACAUCCUUGGCCAGCAGCUUACGAAAUCUGGCAGUCUUGUGGUUCAGCACAGUGUUUUAAGGAAGACGGGAAUAGGAUACUUUUUAAGAAAAAAAUAAGGGAAAGAAAGAUAGCAAGGUGCUUCUUAAAUCUUACCCUUUGGACUGAGGCUAUCUGAGCUGCCAAAUGGAGAAAAUACUUUAAUGGAUUUUAAACUGGGUUCCCCUUGCUCCAACUACUGAGUGGAGAGCAAGAUCUGGAUUAAUAGAACAGCUACAUUUCAGACCUGUAGUCUACAUUGUUUUCAAAUAAAUGUUUCUGUCCCUUUAUCACUUCCUCUUGCAUUUUAAUCGCAAGGAAAUGCACCUUUUUCUUUCUAAUCGAGCAACGUGUGAAGGAAACAUAACAAGAACAGCAUCAUACGAAAAACAAGGAAUGCAAUUAUACUUACAAAGUUGUGUUCACUCGCAGGUAUAUAAAAAUUGCACUCCUGUUUUUUUUCUGUGUGUUGCUGUUUCAAUGUACUGUUUCCCAUGAUUCAAGAUGUUUGAGGAAAAAUGGGAGGAAAAACAUCAGAGCGAAGCCACUUUCUUAGAUACAGCCUCUAAUCAUCAAACUUCUAAUCAUCAAAUGGUCCAAAAUCUGACCCGUUUCUACAGUGUUUGUGGAUAUUGAGUGGACUUCAAGGAAACAAUCGGUGCUUAUGCUGUUGCUCUUUUCAAACUUCCUUUGCAAUUGCCCCUAAUUUUAAUUUUAUUUUUUUUUUCUUGCCACGGGCCAGUUUGCGUCGGUCAUUUUAGUACGAAAAGCACAUUGUCCUAAUGGACUGUGGGUAUUCUUAGCUGUGUUCACCACAUUCACAACGUGAUAAUCCAAUGUUUUAUGGGCUACCCUUGGUGGAGGAGAGAGAGCAAGUGGGAGCUGGACGCCAGACUGACUUCAUUUCAUUUAAAUAUCGCUUUAAAUGAAGUACAGUUAGGACGCCGCUUCUCUCCGCUACAUUAAACAUUGCAAUAACGGAAGACUCUGAAGGACUUCCUGGGAGAAAGUUUGAUGAUGAUCCUCUGGUUGGACAUGGAUUGUGCUCAGCAUGGAUUAUUGAUUACGUCUUGCUGCGAUGUUUACAAGCGGUUUUGGAGAAGACGAAGGGCAGAGCAGCUAGGCUGAACAUCCUCAUUGCCAGCCUGUAGCCAGAUGUGUUGGGAGUCUUGCCUCCAGGUGUGAGAGUCUAAACUUACUUGCAGCCUGUUUUCAAUACUUGUGUUGCAGGAAUUGCAGGGGGGGGGAGUCAACCAAGCAGGCACAGGACUGCAUUCUUUUCCAAUUGCCAGAACAGCAAAAAAGACAAAACGUGGCAAAGCGAGAAGGCAAAACAUUCAAUCUGCAGUUCAGAAGUGCUUUUAAUGAAUGAUGUUGAAGCUGAUAUGUUCACUUCCUCCUAAUAUGUCCUCCUCCCUCUGUGCAAGAAGGAGAGUGUGCAUUUUCUUAGGGAAAGCAUGCUAAGCUACAGCUUUUUGUGCUGCUAAAAAAGGCAGCGGAGAUUUGCAAAGGAGUCCCUUCAGAUCCACAACUAGGCUUGUAAGUCCUUUUUCUUCUUCAUACCCCACUCUUUUAAGUUAUUAAUUUUGUUCAGUUUCACAGCUGUCUGCUUUUCUAGGAUGGAUUUCGGGAUUCAGUUACAAGCCUUCUUUUUGACGUUGUGAAGUAAAUUUAGAAAAAAAAAAAAACCCAACCAGGAGCGUGACUAGGUGUAUGGGUUGUUCCACAAGCAUAGACCCUGGGAAUUUGUAAAAUCUGCUGAAUAACAAUGAUUUGAGCCGUCUUUUGACAGCCUGAUAUGAAUAUAUAUUACUCAAUCCUUCUCCUUCUUCCUGUGCAGUCUGACUGAGUAAUCUUAAAACCUGAGUCAUGUGAAGCAAACAGCUUCCUCCUUCCUGAUUGUAAGUGAUAGGAUUCCAGAGUUUUGCAACUGCUGAAUUCUAAGGAGGUGUUGAAGCAAAGCAAUAUGACCAAUGCAGUUAACUCCCAUUUGAUGGAUGCUGGUUGCAUUUUUUUCUUUAAAAAAAUCCCCAUAUUAUUCUGGGAAUCCAUAUUGUGUCCACGUUUGUUGACAUGUCAACCUGGAGCCUUGGUGACCACUGGAAAGAGGUCUUUUACCUUGGUCAUUCCCGGUGACACUACCUGCAGGGGUGGAACCGUGGACGAGAACAAUCUCUAUUCUGUCUUUUUGAAGUUUGGGGACGUGCUCAUGGAUUGCUCCCGAGACGCAAAAGCAGCCGCAGCCAAUCCAGGAAAGCCAAUGCUUUCUAGGUUUUUCAUCUUUUAAUUCUAACAACUAAGCCUUUUGUGCACAUAUGUUUCAAUAGAAAAAGCGAAUACAAGUUGGCAGAGCUGGGGAGAACUUCUAGAACCCAACUUCUCAAAGCAGAAGACAAAAAAAACAAAACAACCCCACAGUUCUAUGGGAAAAAAAUCUGAAUUUUUCAGAGCUGGUUUGUAGGACCUGUUUUGUGCAACUCAUAGGUGUGUGGCCCCACCCAGUUGAUUAGUGAGAAGGUAGCUAUUGCUUCAGAGAAUGAUUCAAUAGCGUCAAGAGUGAAAGAAAGAACUGGAGCAUGCUAGAAGAAGUCAGGGAUGAAGCUUGCUGGACUUCAGAGGGUCAUCUGCUGACUUUUGAUCUUUACCUGCAAUAGUCUUAUCUUCUCUUGGACCCUACAUGGAGGAAAUGAGCUGAUGAAGUAUUUUGUUUUGCUUGCCCAGAAAACAGCGAGGAUCUUCAAGGAGAAAAGACCAGACAUUGAUAGCUGAAGUUCUUGUUGGGUGAUUUGCACAGUUGAACACCGAUUCAACAUGGUUUGUGGUGGAAACCAAACCAAAGAUGGUGAAGAAGGAGGAGGAGGAGGAGAAGGACCAUUUAGCAUCACUUAUUGCUGGAGUAAAGGAAAGGAGCACGCUGAUUUCAGGAGAAAUGACUUUCUAAAUGGACAGGUGCUUGUGGUGCUGACAGCUCACAAGCCCCGUGGUUAUGCCCCUUUCGUCAUGAAUUCUUGGGAAGACCAGCUGAAAACUUUGGGAAUAGAGGUGACAGAAGACCAGUGGGAAACUUUGAUUCAACAAGCUGUGCUGGAGCCAAAAAUGAGAACGUAUCUAUUGUACAACUCCAGAGGGUUGAGGAUGGCCAUUGCUGCUAUUGUCUACGUGACUCUCUGGAUCAACCUUUAUUCUGUCCUGCAAAUUUUUUCAGUCGGACAGUCUUGGAAAGUCAUUGUUUUGGUUACUCUCGUUGCCUUGGUGACCACUGUGGCCAUCCAAGUCGUAAUUCAUCACUAUCAGGGAAAGAUGAAUGUGAAUACAGAUAUGAGGCUAAUGGCUGCCAAUGAAGCCUUCAUGAAAUUUGGUUUCCUGGUAGGGAUGACAAAUAUUUCAGACAAGAAUUGUGCUGUCCCACAGUUGUGGUUUAUUCAUUUUGAUGUUGGACCCUGCCUUCAGUCUUUGACGGACUCUCUGCUCACGCUGAAGAAAAGUCAGGAGUCUGCUCUGAAGCGCAACCUGGAACAUGUCAGCAUCAUAGUGGAGACAACUCUCUCGCCGAGUUGGGAAGACCAACCCAACGACUCUUUGGAAGUCACUUCGCUGUUGCCAGAGACAAAGGCGGGCAAUCAGAACUCGGUGGCGCACCGAGAAUUCCUCCAUCUUGUCUCAGACAGAGCUCCAGAGACAAUGGCCCAGCAGCUCUUGACGGUCUUCAGCAGCUAUUACACCAGGCUCUUUGUCAGUGGCCAGCUUCCAGAAGUCCAUAUGGGGCAGCACAAAACUCUUGGCCACAAGCCUUGUCUCUGCCAGUUUGUAAAGACUACAAUGCUGGGAAAAGAAUUCUGUGGAUUCCAACAGAGGUGUUAGCCACCAAGGGUCUCAAUCAUCAAAGAGUGAAGAAUCAGAAGUCUGAGGGAACGAAGGACGCUCAGGACUCCCUCUUUUACGUAGCUGCCACCAUCCCUGGCUCAUAGUUCUGCAUACAAAAGAACUAUGUCUAAAAAAUAUUCUUGGGAAUGUUGGCACCUUCUUCUAAGGAGAGAUUAUAUUAUAGCUGGGUCAGGA